GUCAUUUAUGUAAAAAUUGUCAAACGAAACAAAAGUUGUCGAACAUAAUCGGUUGUUUUUAUUCUAAAAUUUAAAUUCAAUUAAUUUAUAUUUAUAUAUAUAUAAUGUAUUACAUACACAUUAUUGUAGCGUAUUAUUUUAUUUAACGUAAAAAUACAUUGUUAGAUGUCUGUGUAAUUGUACGUAUUUUAUUUCUUAUAAUUAUAAAAAUAAAAGAUGUUGCAUUUGCGUCUCAGUAUUCGUCGUAAUAUCUUUUCGAAAGGAUUAGUAAACAGUUUAACAUCUCAUAGACAUUCUACUGAUUCAAAAUCUAAUAAGGAUGGUAAUGGAACCCCAAAAAAGGAAUCACAAAGAAUAUCUGAAUUCCGAAAAAAAUUGCGAGAAACUACACCAAUUGAUGAUCUUGGUGAACAGCCAUCUAUGCAUCCACAAACUCAAAAAGAUGACCCCUUACCUCCCUUUCCCAAUAAUACUAAUCCAACAACUGGUGAAGUAGGCGGUCCAAGGGGGCCAGAACCAACAAGAUAUGGUGAUUGGGAGAGAAAAGGACGAGUGUCUGACUUUUAGUAAUUCUGUUGGAAGAUACAUGAAAUCCUAAUCAAAAAUGAUGUUGUUUCCUUAUUUAAAUGAGUUUAUUUAAAAUAAAUAGUAAUAAA